UUUUGGACUUGUCGCUCGUUCUCUCUCCUUUUUUACGAUGUCGCUCGUCCUUCCUGAGAAGUUCACGCACAUUCUGCGUAUGCUCAACACCAACAUUGACGGCAAGGUCAAGAUCCCCUUCGCCCUCACCAAGAUCAAGGGUGUUGGUCGCCGUUACUCCAACCUUGUCUGCAAGAAGGCUGACAUCGACCUCAAGAAGCGUGCCGGUGAGGUCAACGAGGCUGAGGUUGAGCGCCUGCUCAGCAUCCUCCAAAACCCCCGCUCGUACAAGAUCCCCGACUGGUUCCUCAACAGGCAGAAGGACAUCGUCGACGGCAAGACCUCCCAGGUCCUGUCCAACGGUCUUGACAACAAGCUUCGUGAGGACAUUGAGCGCCUCAAGAAGAUCCGUGCCCACCGUGGUCUCCGUCACUACUGGGGUGUCCGUGUCCGUGGCCAGCACACCAAGACCACCGGCCGUCACGGCCGCACCGUCGGUGUCGGCGCAAAGAAGUAAAAGCAUUCCAAAUCUGCCAUUACCAGUUUGGGUGUUUUUCCUCUCGAUUUUUGCUGCAUUGCUCCUGUGCUUCGAGUGAUGCUGUAUUAUGUCCCAAUACAAACUUCCAGUUAC